AUGGGAGUUGUUGAUGAAGAGAAGGAGGGUUCCUCAGCUUCUGUUCCUCUUGAAAGAAGGGGAAAAGAGGUGUGGGAGAUCGAAGCAGAAGCAGAAGCAGAAGCAGAAGCAGAGGCAAUAGAGCCAAACGUGAGAGAGGUAGAGAAGCUAUUAGAUUAUAUAUUCAGCGAUGGGAAGUUAUUGCUUGAAGCAUUGAUUCAUCCAUCCUUCUGUCCAGUGAAGAAGUGUAUUUCUUAUGAGAGAUUGGAAUAUAUAGGUGAUUCUGUGCUCAACUUGUUGGUGGCGAGGGAAUUGUUCUUUCUAUAUCCAGAACUCUCGCCAGGAUUGCUUUCGAAACUCCGGGCAACCAACGUCGAUAAUGAGAAGCUUGCACGAGUUGCAGUUAAACAUGGGUUCCAUCACUACUUGAGGCAUAAGGUUCCUCGUCUCAAUGAACAAAUUCAGGAGUUUAGCCGAGAGAUCUUGGACUAUCCUAUCCAUUCCAAUGGCCUCAUCGAUACACCAAGAGCCCUUGCUAAUAUUGUGGAAUCUCUUGUUGGGGCUGUUUUUGUUGAUAGCCUGUCCUCACUAGAAACAGUUUGGCAGGCGAUCAAGGGAUUAUUGGAGCCGAUAAUUUAUCUGGAGACACUAGGGAAACAUCCAGUGACACAGCUUUUUGAGUUCUGUCAAAAGAAAGGAUUGCAGCCGCGCUUUGUGAAGGACUCCUGGAGUGAAAAUGCUGCGGUGGACGUUUUCAUUGGUGAUAAAUUGGUGGGGACAGCCACCUGUGGGGUCAAGAAAGAAAUUGCCCAGAAUCGAGCUGCUAAAGCUGCCUUAGAUUUAUUUGAGGAAAACAAAAACCAGUUAGCGUUACUUAUCUCAGAACUUACGGGAGUUGUUGACAAAGAGGAGGAGGAUUCCUCACCUUCAGUUAUUGAAGAAGAAAGAGUUAAAAAGGUGUGGGAGAUCAAAGCAGAAGCAGAAGAAGUAGAGCCAAACGUGAGAGAGGUACAAGAGAUAUUAGAUUAUAUAUUCAAAGAUGAUAAGUUGUUGCUUGAAGCAUUGGUUCACCCAUCCUUCUGUCUUCCGAUGAAAAAAGCGUGUAUUUCAUAUGAGAGAUUAGAAUAUAUAGGCGAUUCUGUGCUCAACUUGUUGGUAGCAAGGAAACUGUUCUUUCAGUAUCCCGAACUCUCACCGGGAUUUCUUUCCAAACUCCGGGCAGCCAACGUCGACAACGAGAAGCUUGCGCGAGUUGCAGUUAAACAUGGCUUCCAUCAUUACUUAAGGCAUAAGUCUCCUCGUCUCAAUGAACAAAAAAUAGGACAAGUGUCAUUUGCUGACUUGUACGAUCAGAUUCAGGAGUUCAGCCAAGAGAUUUUGGACUAUCCUAUCCACUCCAAUGGCCUCAUCGAUACACCAAAAGCCCUUGCUGAUAUUGUGGAGGCCCUUGUUGGGGCUGUUUUUAUUGAUAGCCAGUCCUCACUAGAAACAGUUUGGCAGGUGUUCAAGGGAUUAUUGGAGCCGAUAAUUAGUUUGGAGACUCUACGGACACAUCCAGUGACACAACUUUUUGAGUUCUGUCAAAAGGAAAAAUUGGAGCUGCGCUUUGUAAAGGAUUCCUGGAAUGAAAAUGCUGCGGUAGACGUUUUUAUAGGUGAUAAAUUGGUGGGGACAGCCACCUGUGAAGCCAAGAAAGAAAUUGCCCAGAAUCGAGCUGCCAAAGCUGCCUUAGAUUACCUUAAGGUUUCAGAAUGUGUUCUGGACCCAAAAUCUGUUAUGAGAAUGCAUACCAAACAGAAACUUACUCCUUGGUGA